AUGACGAUCCCAGUGAUUGAUUUUUCAAAGCUCAACGGCGAGGAGAGGGCCAAGACAAUGGCUAAGAUCGCUAACGGAUGCGAGAAGUGGGGAUUCUUCCAGCUGGUGAACCAUGGAAUUCCAGAGGAGCUCCUUGAAAGGGUGAAGAAGGUCUAUUCCGAGUGCUAUAAGCAGGAAAGAGAAGAAAAAUUCAAGGACUCAAUACCAGUGAAGCUUUUGAAUGAGAUAGUUGAAAAGAAGAGCGACAAUAAGUUGUGGAAUGAGGACUGGGAAGAUGUCUUCACUCUCCUAGACGAUAACGAGUGGACAUCUGAAACCCCAGGAUUCAAGUAA